UCAUUAGCUCGUCGCAAGUAGUAUUUAUCGAACAUGACUCUAAGUAAGUUGUGCGCUGGCUUUCACAACACGCUACCAAAACUAUUAUCUAAUCCACUGAGAAAAUUAAAACCUGAAAAUGGGCUUUUCUCAAGAAGAUUGCACUUCACAUUCGUGCCGGAUAAAAACUCCCAAAAUGCGGGAGAGACCCAACGAUUGAAUAUGUUCCAGGCCAUAAAUGAAGCAUUAAAAUGUGCAAUGAUUCGAGAUUCUACAGCAGUUAUUUUUGGAGAGGAUGUAGCCUUUGGAGGGGUCUUCCGGUGUACUUUGGGUUUGAAAGAUCAAUUUGGAGCUGAUCGAGUAUUCAAUACCCCAUUGUGUGAACAAGGUAUCGCAGGCUUUGGAAUUGGUCUUGCCAAUCAGGGAGCUACCGCAAUUGCGGAAAUUCAAUUUGCCGAUUACAUAUUCCCGGCUUUUGAUCAGUUGGUAAAUGAGGCAGCAAAAAUGAGAUACAGAAGUGGAGGAGAAUUUGAAUGUGGCAAAUUGACAAUCCGAGCCCCUUGUGGAGCCGUUGGUCAUGGAGCUUUGUACCACUCCCAGAGUCCAGAGGCCUAUUUCGCUCAUACUCCAGGUUUGAAGAUUGUUGUGCCUCGAGGCCCAAUUCAGGCGAAAGGUCUCCUGUUGAGUUGUAUCGAGGAUCCGGAUCCAUGCAUAAUAUUUGAACCGAAAGCACUUUAUCGUGCCGCUAUUGAUGACGUACCCGCUGGUGAAUUCAGAACGCCAAUUGGCAAGGCUGAACUCCUCAGAGAAGGGAAUUCUGUGACGCUGGUGGGAUGGGGCAGUCAGGUUCAUGUUUUGUUGGAGACUGCUGAUAUGGUUGAGAAGAAACUCAAUGCAAGCUGCGAGGUUGUGGACCUCGUAUCGAUACUCCCCUGGGACACCGAGACCGUCUGCAAGUCGGUGAAAAAAACUGGACGACUGGUAAUAGCUCACGAGGCACCUCUGACUAACGGAUUCGGUGGUGAAAUUGCAGCUACCGUUCAGGAGGAAUGCUUUCUGCAUCUUGAGGCACCGAUUCAGAGGGUCACUGGUUGGGACACACCCUUUCCUCACGUUUUCGAGCCUUUCUAUCUUCCAGACAAGUGGCGCUGCUUCGAUGCCAUCAAAAAGAUCCUAAAAUACUAGCGUUUCAUUGAACCGCUACUUAUUUGUUUUUCUCCCUUUGAACCUAUUAAUACAGUUACACGUGUCACGUUUUAUUCACGUGUUCACAACCGGUAUGACCGAGCAAGAAAAUGAUUUCAACGACGCGCAUGGCAACCAACUUGCAGAUCUGGUCUGUGCUCCUGUAGGUAAUUUUAUCCAUACGUGAUUUAUCGAGACCGCAGGAUCUCUCAAAGCACUAGAUCACUUAUUUCGUUAUUAUUAUCUUCUGAAAUUUUCAGUCAUUAUUUCUCCGCAAGUUAAGGGCACAAUCUGUCCAUUGAUCUCGUGGAAUUUCAAGAAUAAAACAGUUCAAUUGAAUCUUUC